AUGCUUGUGAUUUUUCGCCCAACCGUGGCGCGAGGUGAGGAAUUCGAAAAUGCGAUUGAGAAUGGUAACGAGAUUGGUGACGAAGUUGUGUGUUCAAAUACCGAUACGGGUCUUGCGCCAAUGUCUCCUCUUGGCGUUAUAUCUGGGAAGUUGUUAGAUAACGCAGGGAAAACUACACUUUUAUACAGACUGAAGAUUGGAGAAGUCGUUACCACGAUACCUACAAUAGGGUUUAAUGUCGAAUCAGUUACUUACAAGAAUCUGAAUUUCAAUGUCUGGGAUCUCGGUGGUCAAACCUCAAUUCGACCCUACUGGCGAUGCUAUUAUGCUAACACCGCUGCGGUGAUUUUCGUUAUCGAUUCCACGGAUAUCGACCGGUUAGGUACUGCAUCGGAAGAGUUAGCAGCUAUGUUAAACGAAGAUGAGUUAAAGGAUGCGGCACUGCUAGUGUUCGCGAAUAAACAAGAUCAACCGGGCGCAAAAGGUGCGGGUGAAAUAAGUGAAGCGCUGAAGCUUGGAGAGUUGAGAGAUAGAAACUGGAGCAUCGUUGCUUGCUCUGCGGUCGAUGGAAGAGGUGUGGAUGAGGGAAUGGAUUGGCUUGUGCAAACUGUACAGCAAGACUCGUAA